UUUGACUGUGCAAAAUGCAGUGAGAGCCUGUAUGGCCGCAAAUACAUCCAGACGGACGAUGGUCCCUACUGUGUGCCCUGCUAUGACAGCACCUUUGCCAACACCUGUGCCGAGUGCCAGCAGCUUAUCGGGCACGACUCCAGGGAGCUGUUCUAUGAAGACCGCCACUUCCACGAGGGCUGCUUCCGCUGCUGCCGCUGCAAGCGCUCCCUGGCCGACGAGCCCUUCACCUGCCAGGACAACGAGCUGCUCUGCAAUGAUUGCUACUGCAGCGCCUUCUCGUCACAGUGCUCCGCCUGCGGGGAGACUGUCAUGCCCGGGUCCCGGAAGCUGGAAUAUGGAGGCCAGACGUGGCACGAGCAUUGCUUCCUGUGCAGCGGCUGUGAACAGCCUCUCGGCUCCCGUUCCUUCGUGCCGGACAAGGGUGCUCACUACUGCGUCCCCUGCUAUGAGAACAAGUUUGCCCCUCGCUGUGCUCGCUGCAGCAAGACGCUGACGCAAGGCGGCGUGACCUACCGUGACCAGCCCUGGCAUCGAGAAUGCCUGGUCUGCACGGGAUGCCAGACGCCCCUGGCAGGGCAGCAGUUCACCUCCCGGGAUGAUGAUCCCUACUGCGUGGCCUGUUUUGGAGAACUCUUUGCACCCAAGUGCAGCAGCUGCAAAAGCCCCAUCACAGGACUCGGCGGAGGCAAGUAUGUGUCCUUUGAAGACCGCCACUGGCACCACAGCUGCUUCUCCUGCGCCCGCUGCUCCACCUCCCUGGUGGGCCAAGGCUUUGUGCCGGAUGGAGACCAAGUGCUGUGCCAGGGUUGCAGCCAGGCAGGGCCCUGAGCCAGGACUCCGGGGCCCAGGGCCUCCCAAACCAGGGCUCCAAGGACUAAGGCUCCUUUUCCAUACCAUCUUUGGGACCCAGCCCUUCCUCAAAUCAGGGCUCCUCCUGGGCUCCAGGAUUUAGCUUCCCCACUCCAACACCCCCAUACCGGUACUCCCUGACCCAGGGCCCCCAAACCUGGACCUUUAUGGA